ACAAGUGAACAAACUUUAUUAACAAUCUCUCUCGUUGCCACACGGUCCCUGCAGUCCUGUGAUUCGUCAGUAGACGCGUCACCUGGUAAGGAGGAGGCGAGGUCGCGUCAUCAGACCGGAGCCAUGAACCGGGAGAGCAGCUUCAGGGCCCCUUCAAAGCGGCGCCAUCGAGGCUCCAACCCUAACAUGGCCGGUCCACAUCAGCUAUUCGAUGACACAAGUGCCGGCCCGGCGCCUCCUGGCAUGGAGUACCACAACCAUGGCUCCCCAGCUCUGGGCAUCCCCACUCAAGCCUUUCUGUCAGAACCCAUGUCCAACUUCGCCAUGGCGUAUGGAAGCAGCUUGGCUACCCAGGGCAAGGAGAUGGUGGACAAAAACAUCGACAGGAUAAUCCCAGUCAACAAGCUCAAGUAUUAUUUUGCGGUCGAUACUGUUUAUGUUGGAAAAAAGAUCGGGCUGCUCCUCUUCCCCUACAUUCACCAGGACUGGGAGGUCAGGUACCAGCAAGAUAUCCCAGUCGCGCCACGAUUAGACGUCAAUGCUCCGGACCUGUACAUUCCAGUCAUGGCUUUUAUCACAUAUAUUCUGGUUGCUGGGCUGGCUCUGGGAACACAGAACAACUUUUCCCCGGAGAUCUUGGGCAUGCAGGCCAGCUCAGCCUUAGCCUGGCUCAUCGUGGAGGUAUUCGCUGUCCUUCUCAGCCUCUACCUAGUGACUGUAAAUACCGACCUCACCACAGUGGAUCUUAUAGCAUUUUCUGGCUACAAAUAUGUGGGGAUGAUAUCGGGAGUUCUGUCUGGCCUCCUCUUUGGGAAGACCGGAUACUACAUCGUCCUAAGCUGGUGUUGUGUCUCUAUAGUAUUUUUCAUGAUUCGAACCUUGAGGUUAAAGAUCCUGUCAGAAGCUGCAGCAGAGGGCGUCCUGGUACGCGGUGCCAGGAACCAGUUGCGUAUGUACCUGACCAUGGCGAUCGCUGCAGUGCAGCCCCUCUUCAUGUACUGGCUGACAUACCACCUAGUGAGAUGAUUCCCUACCUGCUAAAGCGUGUUCUGAGGACAGCGGUGCCAUAUUGGAAUUUCAGCCCUAUGUCAGGGUGACUUCACUCCCACCGUCCAACAGGCAUCCUUCAACUGUUUUUGUACUGUUUUCUGUGCAUGGACCCCAAUGCUUGGAUAUUAGACGUCUCAGGAUCCCUACUGCAUCUCUUCCUUCAGAAACAUCUCGGACUGUAACAUCUCAAUGAUCUGGGUCACUGGACGACAUCCUCUUGAAAUGAUAGCGGGACCCUCAUAGGUGCAGACUGGGGAAUCUACUUUUGAUGACCGCCCCCCCAGUAUGAAGCUCCCACCCCUUCUUUUUGUCUUGUUUGUGCUGCUGCCUAUUGUCCUAAGGAUCCAUUAGACAUGGCCAAGCCUGUUUGUUCCCAAAGGAAGGGCCAAUGAGUAUUAGGAAACAGAAAUAGCAAAUACAACAAAUUCUUUAUAUUUUACACAUUUAAUCCCAAAGUCGUUGAUUCUGGCAUUUUUGUUUGAAAAACUUUUAUUUAUGUCCUUAAUUUUACACUUAGUUUACACACAUCUGAAGUGUCUGUAUAGUGCAAACACAUCCAGCUCCUCGAAACCGUCACCCUCAACAUAACAACCUGCACCCACUGGACUCGGACGGCCUGUGUGUUUUACAUCACGUUGUGAUCUCACUAAAGUUUAGGAAGUUUGAGAGUUAGAACUUCCCAUGGACUCCUUCACACUGCAGGACUUUGCCUUAUUAACCAAUUCAGCAACCCAGGGAAGCGAUGGGGGGGGGGAACCAAGCUUUCCUUUUUAUAUACAGUCAAUGGACCCUGUAGGCAUGAUCCUGCUAUUAUAGGACGUAGGGUCACUAUAGUGUCUGCACAGCAAAGAAUUGUACAGGCGUGACUUGGAAUCUUGUGUUAUGUGGGAGUGUGGGCUCCAAUGUCUGUAUCCCAUCAGUUCAUUAAAUAAUACUUUUCCAGUGUCAA